GGGCAAGCAGACCUGCUACGACAACGGCCACUACUACCAGAUCAACCAGCAGUGGGAGCGCAUCUACCUGGGCAACACGCUCGUCUGUACCUGCUACGGCGGGAGCAGGGGCUUCAACUGCGAGAGCAAGCCCGAGCCUGAAGAAACUUGCUUUGACAAAUACACUGGAUCCACCUACCGAGUAGGGGAGACGUACGAGCGCCCCAAGGAUUCCAUGAUCUGGGACUGUACUUGCAUUGGAGCUGGACGUGGGAGAAUCAGCUGCACCAUUGCCAACCGCUGCCAUGAGGGUGGCCAGUCCUACAAGAUCGGCGAUACCUGGCGGCGGCCCCACGAGACCGGCGGCUACAUGUUGGAGUGCGUCUGCCUGGGCAAUGGCAAGGGCGAGUGGACCUGCAAGCCCGUCGCUGAGCGCUGCUACGACAACGCGGCCGGGACGUCCUAUGUGGUGGGCGAGACGUGGGAGAAACCCUACCAGGGCUGGAUGAUGGUGGACUGCACGUGCCUGGGCGAGGGCAGCGGCCGCAUCACCUGCACCUCCAGAAACAGAUGCAAUGACCAUGACACCAAGACUUCCUACAGAAUUGGAGACACCUGGAGCAAGAAGGAUAAUCGUGGAAAUUUGCUUCAGUGCAUCUGUACUGGUAAUGGCAGAGGUGAAUGGAAGUGCGAGAGACACACAUCCUUGCACACUACUAGCACUGGUUCUGGCUCUCCUAGCUUCACAAAUUUGCAGACUGCCUUGUACCAGCCACAGCCUCAACAGCCCCAGCCUCAGCCAUAUGGCCAGUGCAUCACGGAUAAUGGAGUGGUCUACACUGUGGGGAUGCAGUGGCUCAAGACACAGGGAAGCCAGCAAAUGCUCUGCACCUGCCUGGGCAAUGGAGUCAGCUGCCGGGAAAUAGCUGCAACUCAGACAUAUGGUGGCAAUUCUGAUGGAGAAGCCUGUGUUUUGCCUUUCACCUAUGAUGGGAGGACUUUCUACUCCUGUACCACUGAAGGACGUACAGAUGGGCAUCUCUGGUGCAGUACCACCUCCAACUUCGAGCAGGACAGGAGAUACUCCUUCUGUACAGAGCAGAAUGUUUUGGUCCAGACACGGGGUGGCAAUUCCAAUGGUGCUUUGUGCCACUUCCCUUUCCUGUAUAACAACCGCAACUACACGGAUUGUACUUCUGAGGGACGGAGAGACAACAUGAAGUGGUGUGGAACCACUGAGAACUAUGAUGCUGACCAGAAAUUUGGUUUCUGCCCCAUGGCUGCCCAUGAAGAAAUCUGCACUACAAAUGAUGGUGUCAUGUAUCGUGUUGGGGACCAGUGGGAUAAGCAACAUGACAUGGGCCAUAUGAUGAGAUGUACUUGUGUAGGAAAUGGCCGUGGAGAAUGGACCUGCAUUGCCUACUCCCAGCUCAGAGACCAGUGCAUUGUGGACGGGAUCACCUAUGAUGUGAACCAGACAUUCCACAAGCGUCACGACGAGGGGCACAUGCUGAACUGCACGUGCUUUGGCCAGGGUCGGGGCAGAUGGAAAUGUGAUCCUGUUGAUCAAUGCCAAGAUUCAGAAACCCGUACAUUUUACCAGAUUGGAGAUUCAUGGGAGAAGUAUGUGCAUGGUGUCAGAUACCAGUGUUACUGCUAUGGCCGCGGUAUUGGUGAAUGGCACUGCCAGCCACUGCAGACAUAUCCUGGAGCAACUGGACCUGUUCAGGUGAUCAUUACAGAGAGCACAAAUCAGCCAAACUCCCACCCCAUCCAGUGGAACGCACCAGAACCAUCUCACAUCACCAAGUACAUCCUGCGCUGGAGGCCGAAAAACACUGGAAAGCCCUGGAAGGAAGCCACCAUCCCAGGCCACCUGAACUCAUACACCAUCUCAGGCCUGAAGCCUGGUGUGAUAUACGAGGGGCAGCUCAUCAGUGUCCAGCAGUAUGGCCACAAAGAAGUUACUCGCUUUGAUUUUACCACAACCAGCACCACAGCAGUGACAAGCAACACCGUUUCAGGAGAAACAACUCUCCUUCCUCCCGUGGUUGCUACUUCGGAGUCAGUCACUGAAAUCACAGCCAGCAGCUUUGUUGUCUCCUGGGUUUCUGCUUCUGACACCGUUUCUGGAUUCCGUGUUGAAUACGAGCUGAGUGAGGAGGGUGAUGAGCCGCAGUAUCUCGAUCUUCCAAGCACAGCUACUUCUGUCAACAUUCCCGACUUGCUUCCUGGUCGCAAGUACAUUGUUAAUGUCUACCAGAUCUCUGAGGAAGGAGAACAGAACCUGAUCUUGUCUACUUCACAGACUACAGCUCCUGAUGCACCCCCUGAGCACACCGUGGAAAGUGUAGAUGACACAUCAAUUGUUAUCAGCUGGACACGACCACAGGCUCCGAUCACAGGCUACAGGAUUAUCUACACUCCCUCCGUGGAAGGCAGCAGCACAGAGCUCAACCUGCCUGACACUGCUACCUCUGUCACGCUCAGUGACUUAAUGCCAGGCAUUCAAUACAACAUCAGCAUCUAUGCAGUAGAAGAGAAUCAGGAGAGUACUCCUGUCUUCAUCCAGCAGGAAACCACCGGCGUCCCACGCACAGAUGAAGUUCCCUCACCCAAAGAUCUGCAGUUCGUGGAGGUUUCUGAUGUCAAGAUCACCAUCAUGUGGACCCCGCCGGAGAGCAGCGUGUCUGGCUACCGGGUGGAAGUUAUCCCUGUCAAUCGCCCUGGCCAGCACGGCCAGAGGCUGCCAGUUUCCAGGAGCUCUUUUGCUGAAGUUGUUGACCUGCUCCCAGGAACAACGUAUCUCUUCAAGAUCUUUGCUGUAAGCCAUGGCAGGGAGAGCAAACCUUUGACCGGAGAGCAAACCACCAAGCUUGAUGCCCCCACCAACCUGAGGUUCCUCAACACCACGGAGCACACGGUCUUGGUUCUGUGGACGCGGCCCCGUGCUGUGAUCACAGGCUACCGACUGACUGCCGGUCCCACGAGGGGUGGCCAACCAAAGACCUACAACGUGGGACCUUCUGCCACCAAGUACCUUCUGAGGAACCUGCAGCCAGGCACCGAGUACACCGUGUACCUUGUGGCAGUUAAAGAUGACUUGCAAAGCAACAGAGAGACUGGGGUCUUCACUACAUAUCAGCCUGUUGGCUCUGUUCCUCCUUUCAAUACUGAAGUGACUGAGACUUCUAUUGUCAUCACCUGGACACCUGCCCCAAGGAUUGGCUUCAAGCUGGGUGUGCGCCCAAGCCAGGGUGGAGAGGCUCCCCGGGAGGUGAUCUCUGAUUCCGGCAGCAUCGUGAUAUCCGGCCUCACCCCUGGAGUAGAGUACACCUACAGCCUCACGGUGCUCAUGGACGGCCAGGAGAGAGAGACUCCCAUCAUCAGGAGAGUGACAACACCUUUGUCACCACCAACCAACUUGCGUCUUGAGCCCAAUCCUGAUACUGGCGUUCUGAUAGUUUCCUGGGAUAGAAGCACAACUCCAGGCAUCAGCGGGUACCGAGUUACCACUGUCCCAACCAGUGGGCAGCAGGGUUAUACCCUGGAGGAAGUAGUGGAUGCUGAUCAGACCACUUGCACCUUUGAAAACCUGAGCCCGGGUGUGGAGUACAACGUCAGCGUGUACACGGUCAAGGACAACCAGGAGAGCCCCCCCAUCUCUAAAACCAUCACACAAGCUGUGCCUGCUCCCACUGACCUCCGUUUCACUAAUGUGGGGCCUGAUGCCAUGCGGGUGACUUGGACACCACCAGCUUCCAUCGUGCUGAGCAGCUUCCUGGUGCGCUAUUCCCCCGUGAAGAAGGAGGAGGAUGUUGCAGAGCUGACCAUUUCACCCUCGGACAAUAUGGUGGUUUUAACAAAUCUGCUGCCUGGUACUGAGUAUUUGGUGAGGGUCCACAGUGUUUCUGAGCAACAUGAGAGUGCACCUCUGUCCGGAAUCCAGAAAACAGGUCUCGAUUCCCCCACUGGCCUUGACUUCUCGGAUAUAACUGCCAACUCCUUCACUGUUCACUGGAUUGCUCCUCGUGCCACCAUUACGGGCUACAAGAUCCGGUAUCACCCGGAGCACGUGGCUGGCAGGCCCAAGGAGGACCGUGUGCCGCCCUCCCGCAGCUCCAUCACCCUCACCAACCUGCUGCCAGGGACCGAGUACGUGGUCAGUAUCGUCGCUGUCAACGUCAGGGAGGAGAGUCUGCCCUUGGUUGGCCAGCAAACAACGGUGUCUGAUGUUCCAAGGGACCUAGAAGUCACCCCCACAAGCCCAACCAGCCUUGUGAUUUCCUGGGAUGCUCCUGCAGUGACAGUCAGAUACUACCGCAUCACUUACGGUGAAACAGGUGGAAGUAGCCCUGUGCAGGAAUUUACAGUGCCUGGCACCAUGUCUACUGCUCCUAUUAGUGGCCUCAAGCCUGGAGUUGACUACACCAUCACUGUGUAUGCAGUAACUGGCCGUGGAGACAGCCCAGCCAGCAGCAAGCCAGUCACUGUCACCUACAAAACAGAAAUCGACACACCAUCCCAGAUGCAGGUAACGGAUGUGCAAGACAACAGCAUCAGUGUCAGAUGGCUGCCCUCAACAUCCCCAGUCACAGGAUACCGGGUGACAGCUGUCCCCAAGAAGGGACAUGGGCCCACAAAGACCAAAAUGGUUCCUGCAGAUCAAACGGAAGUCACUAUUGAAGGCCUGCAGCCCACAGUCGAGUAUGUGGUCAGUGUCUAUGCUCAGAAUCAGAAUGGAGAGAGUCUGCCCUUGGUCGAGACAGCUGUCACCAACAUUGACCGCCCUAAAGGACUAACAUUCACUGAGGUGGAUGUUGAUUCCAUCAAAAUUGCUUGGGAAAGCCCACAGGGGCAAGUCACCAGGUACAGGGUGACCUACUCAAGCCCUGAGGAUGGAAUCCAUGAGCUAUUGCCGGCCCCAGGUGGUGAAGAAGACACUGCUGAGCUGCAUGACCUCAGGCCAGGCUCUGAGUACACUAUCAAUAUCGUUGCCAUAUACGAUGACAUGGAGAGCCUGCCCCUCACUGGGACCCAGUCCACAGCAAUUCCUCCUCCAACAAACCUGAAGUUUACUCAGAUAACUCCCACCAGUCUUACAGUCAACUGGAACGCGCCAAAUGUUCGUCUCACUGGCUACAGAGUUAGAGUGAAUCCCAAAGAAAAGACUGGUCCCAUGAAAGAAAUCAACCUUUCUCCAGACAGUACAUCUGCUGCUGUUUCUGGAUUAAUGGUGGCAACCAAGUAUGAAGUGAGUGUCUAUGCCCUGAAGGACUCUCUGACCAGCCGACCAGCCCAGGGAGUGGUCACCACUCUUGAAAAUGUGAGUCCCCCUCGCAGGGCCCGUGUGACAGAUGCCACUGAGACAACCAUCACCAUUACCUGGAGAACCAAGACUGAGACCAUCACUGGCUUUCAAGUUGAUGCCAUUCCUGCAGGUGGUCAGACACCCAUUCAAAGGACCAUCAGUCCUGAUGUUAGGACUUACACUAUCACUGGCUUGCAACCUGGCAAUGACUACAAGAUCUACCUUUACACUCUGAACGAGAAUGCACGCAGUUCCCCAGUAGUGAUUGAUGCCUCCACUGCUAUUGAUGCUCCUUCUAACCUGAACUUCCUCACAACCACAAGCAACUCCCUCCUGGCUACUUGGCAGCCUCCUCGGGCCAAGAUCACAGGCUAUAUCAUCAGGUAUGAGAAACCUGGCUCACCAUCCAAGGAGCUUAUGCCUCGUCCUCGGCCAGGCACCACAGAGGCCACAAUCACUGGUUUGGAACCAGGAACCGAAUACAUCAUCUAUGUUAUUGCUGUGAAGAACAAUCAAAAGAGUGAACCGUUGAUUGGCAGAAAAAGGACAGAUGAUCUUCCCACGUUGAUUACCAGACCACACCCCAAUCAACCCGACAUUCUUGACGUACCUUCCAUUGACGAGAGGACCCCCUACCUCACUAACAAUAGGUAUGACAAUGGCAACGGUAUCCAACUUCCAGGCACGUCUGGGCACCCCCAGACAAUAGGACACCAGGGUCAGCAAGUCUUCUUUGAGGAGCACGGCUACAGGCGGCCUGUACCCACUACAGCGUCUCCCCUUAGGCCUGGGUCGGGACGGCAACCACCUAAUGUAGAUGAAAAAAUUGAAAUCCCUGGUUACCAAGUGCCAAUCAUCGUCGAACCUUCGUACCCUCACUCUCGAGGGCCCAGGCGCAAUGAUACCACAGGUCAAGAAGCCCUCUCUCAGACAACCAUCUCUUGGAGGCCGUUGCUGGAGAGCACUGAAUAUAUCAUCUCGUGUCAGCCAGUCAGCCAGGAGGAAGAUACUUUACAGUUCAGGGUUCCUGGCACUUCCUCCAGUGCCACACUCACUGGCCUUACCAGGGGGGCCACCUACAACAUCAUAGUGGAAGCUUUGAAAGAUCACCGGAAACAGAAGGUGCUGGAGGAGGUGGUCACAGUUGGCAAUACUGUGUCUGAAGGACUGAACCAGCCGACCGAUGACACCUGCUACGAUACUUUCACUGGCUCCUUCUAUUCCAUUGGCGAGGAAUGGGAGCGAUUAUCUGAAACUGGCUUCAAGCUCUGGUGCCAGUGUCUAGGCUUUGGCAGUGGCCAUUUCAGAUGUGAUUCUUCUAAGUGGUGCCAUGAUAAUGGUGUGAACUACAAGAUUGGAGAGAAGUGGGACCGACAGGGAGAGAAUGGCCAGAUGAUGAGCUGCACCUGCCUGGGAAAUGGAAAGGGAGAAUUCAAGUGUGAACCUCAUGAGACCACGUGCUAUGAUGAUGGGAAGAUGUACCAAGUGGGAGAGCAGUGGCAGAAGGAAUACUUUGGGGCCAUCUGCUCCUGUACUUGUUACGGAGGACAGCAGGGCUGGCGUUGUGACAACUGCCGCAGACCCAGCGUGGAGGUGGCCCCUGAAGGCUCUGCUGGCCAUACCUACACACAGUUUACACAGAGAUACCACCAGGCUACAAACACAAACGUCAACUGCCCCAUUGAGUGUUUCAUGCCCCUAGAUGUACAGGCAGACACACAACAUCCACGGGGAAAGUAACAACCAGCAAGACUUCUUGCAGCAAUGGCAACAGAUAAACCAAAGCAUAGAUACCUAUCUGCCACGAUUUACCAUCCAAACUGGAGUGAUGCUAGCAAAGUGCAUCUUUCAAAAUGGCCCUUGGCUUUGGAGCCAUUUUCCCAGCUUAAGCUCAACUCACAGCUUCUCCAAGCGCCACUCUUGGAGUGUUUCAGACUUUUCUCAUGAUUGAUAGCAGUGUAUUGCCUUGUUUUUGCUCGAAGUGUUCAAUACCAGUCAGUAUUUUCAAAUCUAAAGGGGGAAAAAAAAUAUGGGGAGAUACUAAAUCACAAAUUGGUGGGAGAUCAAAAUAUUAAGCGGGAAGGAGGGGUGUAAAAAUUAAAGGUUCCCAUGGCCUACAAACAAAUAUAAGAAUGACAUUACUGAAUUUUAAACAUAGGAAAGUCCACCAAACACUUCUGCUUUCACAUAAGCGUGCAGCAAGCAAUAAGAUAGGAACAGCAAAACCCAUCACUGUGAUAUUUAAAAUAUGCACAGUCCUAAUUCUUUCUUAAUGAUCCUAGUAUUUUUCUAGCUGUAUCUUUGUAUCUCAUACUGUUAUUUAUCAAUUUUGUUCCCCUGACCUUCAAGUGUUUUUAUAUGGGAAUAAAAUGUAUUGAAGACUCUUAGUAUGCAGUUGACAAAGAGGAAUUUGGUGUAAUUAUGAUCAGUGGUUAUUUU